UACGUUCCUCUGCUAAUCCAGUAUUUUAGAUAAGGAUAACAAGUAUUAAAUCCGGUGUUAAUUCGAGAAAUAAUUCAUAGUGUUUUUGUAUUCGUUUGGAAAAAGUGAUUGUAUUCACUUCGUGAUGAGUACAUAUGAAAAGAGUGAAAAUUUAAUAAUCAUAUCUACAUUAGCUUUCAUGGGAAUUAUUACAGUAUCACAAAUUUUUUUAGUAUGUUAUUCCAGAUUUACGUAUACGAAUUUCAGAAAAUUUAUUGUUGCAAAAGGUAGAUUGUUACAAUUGGUACCAGUAGUAACACUUUCAACUGUAACAUCAACUGUAGUGGACAAUGUGCCUUAUGUUUUAUCAAGAGAAUGUCAACCAACAGCUCCGCCACCCACCCAAUACACAGAUCCAGAUAUAUCAAGAGCAUAUGGGAACAAAGAAAUGCCACCAAGGUAUGCUGCCUAAACUUGAUUGACUAAAUAAAUAGUGUAGCACAAGCAGAAGAAAAAUAUGUUAUAUAUAAUUGCAUCAUUAUUUGGAAAUAAUUUCGAGUAUUUCAACAUCUUCAUACAAAUAGAAAAUUAUUUUUAAAUAAAGAUAAGAAAACUAAAUUUUUAUCUCAUGAAAUAUAAUAUUACUUAGUUGUAUAAUAAAUACAUUAUUUGUAUUAGCUCAAAUAAAUAAUCAAAAACAAA